UUCCACCCCCAACCCAGCCAUGGCUCAAAUACUCCCCAUAAGAUUCCAGGAGCACUUUCAGCUCCAAAACCUUGGAAUUAAUCCAGCAAACAUUGGAUUCAGUACCUUAACAAUGGAAUCUGACAAAUUCAUAUGUAUCCGUGAAAAAGUUGGUGAGCAAGCACAGGUUGUGAUCAUAGACAUGAGUGAUCCAACAACUCCUAUCAGGCGUCCAAUCUCUGCAGAGAGCGCUAUCAUGAACCCAGCUUCUAAAGUAAUUGCUCUGAAAGCGGGGAAAACACUCCAGAUCUUUAACAUUGAGAUGAAAAGUAAAAUGAAAGCACACACGAUGGCCGAGGAAGUGAUCUUUUGGAAAUGGAUAUCUGUGAAUACAGUUGCCUUAGUGACUGAGACUGCAGUUUAUCACUGGAGUAUGGAAGGCGACUCUCUACCACAAAAGAUGUUCGACAGGCAUGCCAGUCUCGCAGGCUGCCAAAUCAUCAACUAUAGAACAGAUGAAAAUCAAAAGUGGCUACUCCUAAUAGGAAUCUCUGCCCAGCAAAAUCGCGUAGUGGGUGCCAUGCAGCUGUAUUCUGUGGAUCGAAAAGUUUCCCAGCCUAUUGAGGGCCACGCAGCAGCCUUUGCAGAGUUCAAGAUAGAAGCCAACGCCAAGCCCUCCACGCUUUUCUGUUUUGCUGUGCGAAGUCCUGCAGGAGGCAAGCUGCAUAUAAUUGAAGUGGGUCAACCUGCUGCUGGAAACCAGCCCUUUGUCAAGAAAGCCGUCGAUGUGUUUUUCCCUCCUGAGGCUCAAACAGAUUUCCCGGUCGCAAUGCAGAUUGGAACAAAGCAUGGUGUUAUCUACCUGAUCACAAAAUAUGGAUACAUUCAUAUGUAUGACUUGGAAUCUGGAGUGUGCAUCUACAUGAACCGAAUUAGUGCAGACACCAUCUUCGUAACUGCACCUCAUGAACCUACCUCGGGAAUUAUUGGAGUGAAUAAAAAAGGGCAGGUCCUGUCUGUUUGCGUGGAAGAAGAUAACAUUGUGAACUAUGCCACCAAUGUCCUCCAGAAUCCUGAUCUGGGUCUGCGUAUGGCUAUCCGGAGUAACUUAGCCGGAGCUGAAGAACUCUUUGCCAGGAAAUUCAAUACUCUUUUCGCACAGGGAAACUAUGCAGAAGCAGCUAAAGUGGCAGCAUCUGCUCCAAAGGGAAUCCUGCGCACUAGCGAUACCAUCCGGAAAUUCCAGAGCGUACCAGCUCAACCUGGCCAGGCCUCUCCCUUGCUGCAGUACUUUGGUAUCCUCCUUGAUCAAGGCCAGCUCAACAAAUUCGAGUCCCUAGAACUCUGCCGUCCUGUUCUUCAGCAAGGCCGUAAGCAGCUCCUAGAAAAAUGGCUGAAAGAAGAUAAGCUGGAAUGCUCUGAGGAGCUAGGAGAUUUAGUAAAGACUGCUGACCCGACUCUUGCCCUCAGUGUUUAUCUCCGUGCGAAUGUACCAAACAAAGUAAUCCAGUGUUUUGCAGAAACAGGUCAAUUCCAGAAAAUAGUUCUUUAUGCAAAAAAGGUUGGCUAUACCCCAGAUUGGAUUUUCUUGUUGAGAAGCGUGAUGAGGGUCAGCCCAGAUCAGGGCCUUCAGUUUUCUCAGAUGUUGGUACAGGAUGAAGAGCCGCUAGCCAACAUCAAUCAGAUUGUUGAUGUAUUCAUGGAGAACAGUUUAAUUCAGCAGUGUACCUCCUUCUUGUUGGAUGCCUUGAAAAAUAAUCGCCCUGCUGAAGGUCACCUUCAAACUCGCCUGCUUGAGAUGAACCUCAUUCAUGCUCCGCAGGUUGCAGAUGCCAUCCUGGGAAACCAAAUGUUCACGCACUACGAUCGUGCCCACAUUGCCCAGCUUUGUGAAAAAGCAGGCUUGUUGCAGAGAGCACUGGAACACUACACUGAUCUUUAUGACAUCAAGCGUGCUGUUGUGCACACCCACCUUUUGAACCCAGAGUGGCUUGUGAACUACUUUGGCUCUCUGUCAGUUGAAGACUCCGUUGAAUGCCUCCGUGCAAUGCUGUCUGCCAACAUCCGGCAAAACCUGCAGCUCUGUGUGCAAGUAGCUUCUAAGUAUCAUGAACAGCUGGGCACCCAGUCCCUUGUGGAGCUCUUUGAAUCCUUCAAAAGUUACGAAGGGUUGUUUUAUUUCUUGGGCUCUAUUGUGAACUUCAGUCAGGACCCAGAUGUCCACUUUAAAUAUAUCCAGGCAGCUUGCAAGACCGGCCAAAUCAAAGAAGUGGAAAGGAUCUGCCGGGAAAGCAACUGUUACAACCCAGAACGGGUGAAAAACUUCCUGAAGGAAGCUAAGCUCACAGACCAGCUCCCUCUCAUCAUUGUGUGCGACAGAUUUGACUUUGUUCAUGACUUGGUUCUCUACUUGUACCGUAACAGCCUCCAGAAAUACAUUGAGAUCUAUGUUCAAAAGGUAAACCCAAGCCGUAUUCCAGCAGUGGUUGGAGGGCUUCUAGAUGUAGACUGUUCUGAAGAUGUCAUUAAGAACUUGAUCAUGGUGGUGAGAGGUCAGUUCUCAACAGAUGAAUUGGUAGCUGAGGUAGAAAAAAGAAACAGGCUUAAGCUGCUCCUGCCCUGGCUCGAAUCUCGGAUUCAUGAAGGCUGUGAAGAGCCAGCAACACACAAUGCGCUGGCAAAGAUCUAUAUUGACAGCAACAACAACCCCGAGCGCUUCCUACGGGAAAACCCUUUCUAUGACAGCCGCGUUGUAGGCAAAUACUGUGAAAAGAGGGACCCACACUUGGCCUGUGUGGCUUACGAGAGGGGGCAGUGUGAUCUUGAGCUCAUAAAGGUCUGCAAUGAGAAUUCCUUGUUCAAGAGCGAAGCUCGCUACCUAGUCCGCAGAAAAGAUCCAGAGCUGUGGGUAAACGUUCUGGAGGAAAACAAUCCAUUCAGGAGACCACUUAUUGAUCAGGUUGUCCAAACUGCAUUAUCAGAGACUCAGGAUCCAGAAGAGGUUUCUGUGACUGUCAAAGCUUUCAUGACUGCUGACCUGCCCAAUGAACUCAUUGAGUUGCUUGAGAAGAUUGUUUUGGAUAACUCUGUCUUCAGUGAGCACAGGAAUCUCCAGAACCUCCUGAUCUUGACUGCCAUUAAAGCAGACCGUACACGUGUGAUGGAGUACAUCAACCGUCUGGACAACUACGACGCCCCCGACAUUGCCAAUAUCGCUAUUAGCAAUGAGCUCUACGAAGAAGCUUUUGCCAUCUUUAGGAAAUUUGAUGUGAAUACUUCCGCCAUUCAGGUGUUGAUAGAACAUAUUGGCAACUUGGAUCGUGCUUAUGAAUUUGCAGAGAGAUGUAAUGAACCAGCGGUUUGGAGCCAGCUGGCUAGAGCACAGCUCCAAAAGGAUUUGGUGAAGGAAGCCAUAGAUUCUUAUAUAAAAGCGGAUGAUCCCUCUGCCUACAUGGAAGUCGUCCAGGCAGCCAACAGAAAUGAUAACUGGGAGGAUCUGGUUAAAUUCUUGCAAAUGGCUAGGAAAAAGGCAAGAGAAUCUUACGUGGAGACCGAACUUAUUUUUGCCUUGGCAAAAACGAAUCGGCUCUCGGAGCUAGAAGAGUUUGUCAGCGGCCCUAACAAUGCUCAUAUACAACAGGUUGGAGAUCGCUGCUAUGAGGAGGGAAUGUAUGAUGCUGCAAAGCUGCUCUAUAACAACGUAUCUAACUUUGCUCGCCUGGCGUCUACCCUCGUUCAUCUUGGGGAGUACCAAGCUGCCGUUGACAGCGCCCGCAAAGCCAACAGCACCAGGACAUGGAAAGAGGUGUGCUUUGCCUGUGUGGAUGGAAAGGAAUUCCGACUUGCACAGAUCUGUGGUUUACACAUAGUAAUCCAUGCUGAUGAGCUUGAAGAGCUAAAUAGCUAUUAUCAGGAUCGUGGCUACUUUGAAGAGCUGAUUGGCCUCUUAGAAGCUGCUCUAGGCCUGGAGCGUGCUCACAUGGGCAUGUUCACUGAACUAGCGAUCUUGUAUUCUAAAUAUAAACCACAGAAGAUGAGAGAGCAUCUGGAAUUGUUCUGGUCCAGAGUCAACAUUCCAAAGGUGCUUCGAGCGGCAGAACAGGCCCAUCUCUGGGGAGAGCUGGUUUUCCUCUACGACAAAUACGAAGAAUAUGACAAUGCAAUAAUUACGAUGAUGAACCAUCCCACAGAUGCUUGGAAGGAAGGGCAAUUCAAGGAUAUAAUUGCAAAAGUGGCCAAUGUGGAGCUGUAUUACAAAGCCCUGCAGUUUUACUUGGAUUAUAAACCAUUGCUGAUGAAUGAUCUUCUCCUGGUGUUAUCUCCACGGCUGGAUCACACCAGGACAGUCAGCUUUUUCGCCAAGGUUAAUCAGCUGCCUCUAGUGAAGCCUUACUUACGCUCAGUCCAGAACCAUAAUAAUAAAGGAGUCAAUGAGUCACUGAACAACCUUCUGACGGAGGAAGAAGACUACCAGGGCUUGCGAGCAUCCAUCGACGCCUACGAUAACUUCGAUAACAUUACCCUGGCUCAGCGUCUGGAGAAGCACGAACUGAUUGAAUUCCGGCGUAUUGCUGCUUACUUGUACAAAGGCAAUAAUAGAUGGAAACAGAGUGUGGAGCUCUGCAAGAAAGAUCGCCUUUAUAAGGAUGCCAUGCAGUACGCUGCGGAAUCCAAAGAUGCCGAGCUGGCAGAGAAAUUGCUGCAGUGGUUUCUGGAAGAAGACAAGAAGGAGUGUUUUGCAGCUUCUCUCUUCACAUGCUAUGACUUGUUGCAUCCAGACGUGGUCCUUGAGCUAGCAUGGAGGCACAACAUUAUGGACUUUGCGAUGCCUUAUUUCAUCCAGGUGAUGAGGGAAUACCUUACCAAAGUUGAUGGUCUUUUUAAUAAGGUGGAUAAACUUGACGCUUCUGAAAGCCUAAGGAAAGAAGAGGAACAAGUAACUGAACCCACUCCAAUAGUAUUUGGCCAGCAGCUGAUGCUAACAGCAGGCCCCAACACGGUACCUCCACAGGGCAACUUCCCAUUUGGAUACACGGCACCAGGAUUCACCCAGCCGCCGGUUUACGGUUUCAAUAUGUAACUUGCGCUGCGACAGACCUUUCUAACCGGUCGUCUUCUCUUCCCGUCCCUUUUUACUUUUUUUUUUUUUUGGUCCAAGAAGGCAGCAGAGGGCUUCCUGUGUUGGCUUGAUUGCCUUUGCAAUCCCAUUCGGUUCAGAGACAUCCAAAGGACACUGUGUUAUUUAUUGCUAUGUCCUGUUACAUUUCAACCUCAAAAAGGCAGCUUCCCCCCCGCCCUCCUCCUCUUUUUUUCUUUCGUUACUGACAUUUCAAGGCUCUGUCUGAAGCUAAGGUGCUUCCUCCACUAAAACCAACAACACAGCAAUAACUUCCUGAGGCCAGGAGGAGCUGUGUUUGGGCUAGAGGAACGCUGGUACUUUUCUCAUUACAGAGUCCUUUGGGUAGCCACCUUUAGGCUGGGUAAUCUCCAAGCUGUUAGUGCUCAGAGUACUGUAACAGAUGCAUAAGCUCCUUGAGUAGCAGAAAUUAGCUUCAGAAUCUCCCUACUAGUUGGACACAUUGGAAAAAAACAUACGUGUAAUGCACACUUUCUGCCUUUCCGUUCCCCCCUACCCCACCCAAUUUCUUUGUACUACCAUGCAAAAAGGAAAUAAGUGUGUGGAUUGAGGGGCUGGUGCCGUUUACAGAAUGCUGAAGAAAAAGCAUGUAUGGCUUCUGGAGGAGUCUUCGAAACUCUUUAUUGGAGAAUAAAUCGGAUUGCAUUGCAGAGGAGACACUUCCCAGAUUACUUUUCUUGUAGAAUAACAGUGCGAGAGCAUGAUACUCGUUGGCAUCGAAUGGUUUAAAUCAAAAACAAAGCUCAGCUGUGUGAUUGGACAAGCCAAUGUUGGGGAGGGGGGCGUGCGUACACCAGGGCAGCCACAAGUGGUACAAAUACGUGGUACAAAGAAGACUGUGUUGGCAAACCGAGGAAUGUGAACUUCUGAAGGGACAGAAUGUGGUGCGCUUCUGCAUUUCGUAUCUUGACUCUGAACCUGAAAGCAAGGCUUCCUGCUAGACCGGUUGUGUUUGACUUGAGUUUCUAAGGAUAAGCAAUCCUAUGCGUGCUUAGACAGACCAGUUCCUACAAUUCCCUACGUGACCCAGUCAGUGUGGCUGGCUGGCAGCAUGCUGGGAGUUGUAGGACUUCUGUCUAAACAUGCAUAGGAUUGUGCCCUGAACCAGUCUUUUCCCAACGUGGUGUCCUCUAGACCUUUUGGACUACACCUCCCAUUGUUUCUGAUCUUUGGCCAUGGUGGGCGGGGCUGUUGGAAGUUAUAGACCAAAAUAUCUGGAAGACUGCAAAUUGGGAGAGGUUGCUCUAAACCUUCUGGGCCUCAGGAGAUGUCUGUUUGAACUGACAACAGUUCAACUUCGGGUUUCUUUUUUUCCCCUGGUUCUGCCAGGAUUCUGUGAUGUAAAUGUCCACCAUACAAUCUUUAUCUUCUCCCCCAAUAAGAGAAUGCCAACGGAGAUGUACUACUUUGUGCCACUCUUCAGAGACAUAUAUCAUUAACAUUUUAUGUACUUAAAAAACUAGAUAACAAUGUAUAAUUUAUGGCUAUGAAUCUUGUGCUAAUCAUGAAUAUUAUGGAAAGUCCAAUUAUAAACAUAAACCAAACUAGUGUCCACUGUGUGGUUUGAAAUACUGGGGCUGGAGGGAGUUGCUGGGUCAGCCAGCUUCGCCUGUAAAGCGGUGAAUGCAGCAACCGCAGAAAAGAUACCUGCUCAGAAUCCUUUUCCUUGGCCCAUCCUAGAACUAAGGGAAGAGGAGGAGAAAGAGUCCCUCCUAGUCAAACUGGAUUCAGUGAGCUCGGCUCGCAUAA